AUGAGGAUGCGACGAUCCUACCUGCACAGGGAAGUGCAAAGCUUAGUUGAGCUUGCAGGUUCAGCAUUUGGCGAGCGCAAAGUCCCGCCAAAAUGGGCGACACCGACGGUUUGGCCGAAUGUUCAUACUCCACCUGUCACCGGUGACUGGCUGGUUCGUCAAACUCCCAUGCUUAGCGCCCCUAUCAGCCACUCAGGGGUGCUGUGGAUGUGGAGCCCGACCGGUGCGGCGCGGCGAGCGAGCGGUGUCGUGGUUGUUGUCCAUCGACAGUAG